AUGAUGCUAAGCACAUCAAAUCCGUUGCAGCUCAUCACAUGUUCCCUAGAUGGAACGAUCAAGACAUGGGACUACCUGGAUUCCGAGCUGCACGAUAAUGUACACGUCGGCCAUGCCAUUGUUGGAAUGACCGCUAGCACGAACUGGAAAAACCGGAUCUUUGUGGCUGUAUGCAAGCGCGGUACGCAUGCGGGUCCUUCAGAGGACAAGAGCAAAGAAGCAUCCAGUACAAUGUAUUCUGUGCAACUAGGCCGAAGCUCCCCACGCAUUCACAAGGCUGUUAAGCUUGUGCGACUGGGGAAGACCAGACCCGUCACUCAUAUCGGCGUAUCGCCGGAUGGCCGCUGGCUGGUCGCGACAAGCCAGGCCAAAGUACAUGUACUGGAUUUGAAUGACACAGGUGAUGGUUUUACCAAAUAUGCCACAGAAACACGUAUCACUGCUCUUGCUUUUCAUCCUGAUAAAAAUGUAUCGCGUUUUGCAACAGGUGAGGCUAAUGGCAAAAUCAAAAUAUGGCAUUGUUUGGAGCAAGACAUGGCGGCCUCUACUGCCCCGUCCAAUACCGAUCAGCAGUGGCAACCUAUGGCAUUAACGACAACGUUGCAUUGGCACGCUCAUGCAGUGGCUGCUCUACAGUACACUCCCGAUGGUUCGCAACUGUUAUCAGGUGGUGAAGAGGGUGUGCUGGUCCUGUGGAAAUUAAACAACGGUAAUGCCGCUGGUAAUGAUGCACGGGAGUUUGUACCACGUCUUGGCGCUCCUAUUGUGGCCCUCGGUAUUGCUUCUGGCUACGAAAGUACGGAGCAAGAAUACGUUGCUCGACUUGCUGAUGGGAGUGCAGUUUUUGUGGCUAGUCUCAGUCUAAAGCCAACACGUACUUUCUCCACUAUCAAGUGUGAUGCGACACAAGUUCUACAUGGCGCAGAGUCGCAAAAGCACAAGGCUAAGCCCGUAGCGCUGGAUCGUGCUGCUGGUCAUCUUGUGCUGCUUUCCGGUCACCCAUCCACGUUGCAGUUCAUUGAUGUUGCAACACGCUGCCACGUUCGUGACAUGGAGAUUGUCCCAUCCAAUCGGGUUUCGCGCCCAGAUGAGCAGGUCUUGACACCGCCCAGUGUACAGUUGGUUGCCUUUUCUGGACCUACACGCCAUGCCAUGCAUGCGGAAUGGAUGGCCACCGUAGAUGGACGUGAUGGUGGUGUGUACACGACAGAGCUUUCCCUCAAGUUUUGGCAGUGGGAUGCUCGCACGAAUGGCUAUAUCCUAAACACGCGAAUUGACCAUCCGCAUGAUAAGGGGGUUACUAGCAUGGCCUUUUCGCCGUAUUUGUCGGACAACCAUCUAGAAUCGUUCAUGCUCGUGACGGCGGGCGGCGACGGUCAAGUGAAGACUUGGCGGAUGGGCACACGGACAUUGAAGGGCUCGCGUACAGAACUGUUCUGGGUAUGUCGCUCCUCCUUUGCGUACCGAGACACUGUACCUAGUCAUGUGGCAUGGGCCCCUGAUGGAUCGCUCUUUGCUGUUGCACAGGGUAUGUUUGUGACAUUGUGGGAUCCACAGACUCUUGUCAUGCAAGCGCGACUUGCUACCCCGGAGCUGAAACAUGUGCACUCUUGCGACUUUGUUGGGCGCAAGGGCCGAUACCUCGUAGCUCUGGGUGGCGCCUCGCGGCUCGUGGCGUGGGACUUGGUAUCUCAGUCUAUUGUAUGGGUCGCUACGGAUGUGCAUGCGAUGACAGGCUAUGGCGAUGGCUUCCUUACGCUGUGCUGGGACGAGAACAAUAGUUCGGCCCUUCAAUAUAUCCGCCCCUCGGAACACAAAGUGGAAUGCACCUGGACAGUGCCUGUCAAAUUGCAGCAAACGCUCAUCAAUGCGUCUACGUCAACUCAGCCUGAUGCCUUAUGCUUGCUGAGUCUGCGCAGAAAUGGCGCCUUGGUAGGGAUUGGCAAGGCUGCGUCUCGACCGCCAUCGCAAGCAUCCUCCUUGCAUAGUGUCGCUAUGGCUGAUGCCCGUGCUACUCUCUUUGAUGAGUUGUUCGGCGUAGGUGAGGCGGAGAAGGAACGCGUCGCACAGGCACUUGAAGCUGAUGCAUCUCGACUGCACAAAGUUAUGGGGGACGUACCUCUGACGGCUGUUAUGGAUCUCUUUGCUACGCCACCGCAUUUGCUGCCCCCGAUGUCAAGUAUGCUGGAUGCUUACACGGACACAAUUCUUCCAAAGCGGCCCGUCUCUUCCACACUUGGUACCGACGAGAAGAUGACAGAUAUUUCCACGCCCUUAGAGGAGCAGGUCGCACCGCGCCUUGAUGCUUUGGAUCAUGUUGCUCAAGCACGGGAUGCUGAUCUCAGUCAUUUGACGGCGGUGUUCGAUAAGCUCAUGUCAGAGUCGGGCGACAGUGCACUUGCCUCCGACCGACCCUCCUCGCGCGGAUCUAAGAGCAAACGCGGGGCCUCGCGUUCUUCAUAG